GAACUGCCACUGCAACCCUCUUCACCAUGGAGGGAUCUGCUCUCUACCUAGUGGUGGUGUUCGGGUUCUGUCUCCCAGCUGUUUCUUGCGGCCAGCUAUUCACCCUGAUCACCCCAAGUGUCCUGCGGUUGGAGAGCGAAGAGAAGAUUGUGGUGGAAGCUCAUGGCCUCACCACUGAAACCGAGGUGGACAUCAUGGUCCAGGACUUCCCACACAAGCGCCACAUUUUACACAAGAACAAAAUCAAUCUAACCGCUGAAAAUGGGAUGAUGGGCACAGCCAUCAUAAAGGUUCCUACCAACAAAAUAAAGGAAGAUGGAAAACAGUAUGUGACGAUCCAAGCCCAAAGUCCACAUUUCACUCUGGAGAAGGUCAUUUUGCUCACCUUCCACAGCGGCUACAUCUUCAUCCAGACAGACAAAACCAUCUACACACCUGGAUCUACAGUCAAAUAUCGAAUCUUUGAGGCGGGUCACCAUCUGGAACCAUUGUCAAAACCAGUGAUUGUUGAAUUUCAAACACCUGAGGGCAUUACUGUGCGGAGAGAAUCUGUGAUUUCACCCUUCAUAGUCGGGAUCUUUCCUAUGACCCAUCGCUUGCCUGAAAUUAUCCCUUUGGGGACGUGGAAGAUUGUGGCGAGCUACAAAGACUCCCCUCAGCAGACCUUCAGUGCGCAGUUUGAUGUUAAAGAGUAUGUGCUUCCAAGUUUCGAAGUUACACUGGAGCUAUCUGAGAAGUUUUUUUACAUCGAUGGCAACGAGAACCUCACAAUUUAUGUCAACGCAAGGUUCCUCUAUGGGAAUGAAUUACAAGGCACGGCCUUUGUCCUCUUUGGAGUGAAGAUUGGUGAUGAGAAGAAGAGCAUCCCGCAGUCUCUCCAGAGAAUUGAGAUCACGGAAGGGAACGGGGAGGCGAAGCUAACCCGUGAGAUGCUGCAGGCCCGUUUCGUCAACCUCACUGAGCUCAUCGGUCACACCAUCUACGUCAUGGCGACGGUUUUGACGGAGUCCGGCAGCGACAUGGUGGAAGCCGAGAGAACCGGAAUUAACAUCGUCACGUCUCCCUAUGAGAUCCACUUCACAAAAACGUCCAAGUACUUCAAGCCGGGGAUGCCCUUUGAACUCAUGGUCUAUGUUACCAACCCCGAUGGCUCGCCAGCCGCCCACGUCCCCGUGAAAAUCAAUGGCUCCCAGGAGUCCCGGCAGACUCAGCAAGAUGGGACGGCGAAGCUGAUUAUCAACACGCUGGUGGAGAACUCGCUGUUAAACAUCACCGUAAAAACUGACCAUUCAGUCCUCCCGGAGACUCGCCAGGCUCGUAAGUCCAUGGUGGCCGAACCCUAUCAGACCCAAGGAGGAUCAAAAAAUUAUCUCCAUUUAGCAGUCUCCUCUACUGACAUCAAAGCUGGAAACAACUUACUUGUGAGUUUCCUCCUGAGAAUGGAUGACCCAAGUGUAGAGAACAGGAUCAAGUACUUCACCUACCUGGUAAGUGUUGUGCUUGAGGUUCAUGAGUUCUCCUUUUUCAUCCAGAGCAGGGACAGCCAAUUGGAGCUAGAGAUUGAUGGAGAUCCUGAAAAAAAGCCAAGGCAGGCAGGACAGCAUAUGGUGACCAUGUCCCUGCUCAUCACGCCUGACCUCAUCCCGUCAUUCCGCAUCAUGGCGUACUACCACGUCGGAUAUUCAGAGAUUGUAGCAGACUCGGUGUGGAUAGAUGUCCAAGACUCGUGCAUGGGAACGCUGGUGGUGAAAGGAGCCACUAAAGCAGACAGUAAAACCCAAAAGCCAGCUUCCAGUAUGGACAUCAAAGUGGAAGGAGACGCUGGAGCCCUCGUUGGGCUGGUGGCUGUGGAUAAGGCAGUCUACGUUCUGAACAAGAAGCACAAGAUUUCACAAAAGAAGAUUUGGGACACGGUGGAGGAGAGCGAUAUUGGGUGCACCCCUGGCAGCGGCAAGGACAAUAUGGGUGUGUUUGCAGAUGCUGGACUGAGCCUGGCAACAAACAUUAAGAUUUCAACACCCCAAAGAACAGAGCCGGGGUGUCCCCAGCCAGCAAGGCGCCGGCGUCGUGCUGUUCAGCUCAUUGAGUAUAAGGCAAACAAAGCGGCAGCGUACCAGGACCGGACGCUGAAGAAAUGCUGCGAGGACGGGAUGUACGAGAACCCCAUGGGGCACAGCUGUGAGAAGCGGGCUGGGUACAUCCUGGACACGGCCGAGUGCCGGCAGGCCUUCCUAGAGUGCUGCAACUACAUCAAGACCGUGCGGGACGAGCGGCAGCGGGAGCUCCACCUGGAACUGGCAAGAAGUGACACUGAUGACGGAUUCUUACAAGAUGAGUCUAUUACCUCGAGGAGCCACUUUCCAGAGAGCUGGUUAUGGCAUGUGUGGCAGCUGACCCAGAAGCCGGACAAAGACGGGAUUUCUUCCAAGACGAUAACUAUUACCCUGGCAGAUUCCAUCACCACCUGGGAGGUGCUGGCUGUGAGCAUCUCGGAGACCAAAGGGAUCUGUGUGGCCGACCCCUAUGAGAUCACAGUGAUGAAAGAAUUUUUCAUCGACCUCCGGCUGCCCUACUCUGUGGUGAGGAACGAACAGGUGGAGAUCCGGGCUGUUCUCUACAACUACGUGAGAGACAAACUCAAGGUGCGAAUGGAGCUGAUCCACAAUCCAGCUUUCUGCAGCGCAUCCUCUUCCAAGGCAAAAUACUCGCAGAUACUGGAAAUCCCGUCCAUGUCGUCCCGGGCGGUGCCACUAGUAAUCGUCCCACUGGAGCUGGGCUUGCACGAUGUCGAAGUCAAGGCCUCCGUCUGGGGCGUGUACGUGUUUGACGGGGUGAAGAAGAAGCUGAAGGUCGUGCCUGAAGGGACGAGAGUAACAAAAUCAGUUAUUUCCGUUGUGCUGGAUCCAGCUGCAGCAGGCGGGGAACAGGUAACGAAGGUGAAAUCGCUGGAUAUAAAUGAUAUUGUUCCAAACACUGAACCAGAAACCAAAGUCUCUGUCAAUGGAAACCCUGUGGCGCAUCUUCUAGAAAAUUCCAUUGACGGGGCCAAGCUGGGGCAUCUUAUCAUGGUGCCCUAUGGCUGCGGGGAGCAGAACAUGAUGAGCUUGACCCCGACAGUCAUCGCCACCCACUUCCUGGACAACACCAACCAGUGGGACAGGAUAGGGGUGGAUCAGAGGACGGAAGCCAUCCGGCUGAUCAGGAAAGGUUACACACAGCAACUGGUAUAUAAGAAAUCUGACCACUCAUAUACCCCCUAUUCAAAGUCAACCUCAAGCACAUGGCUGACGGCGUAUGUUGUGAAGGUCUUUUCCCUGGCCUACAAGCUCGUGAGUAUAGAUUAUCAAGUGAUCUGCGGGGCUGUGAAGUGGCUGAUCCUAGAAAAGCAGAAACCUGAUGGGAUCUUCCAGGAAGAUGCCCCCGUGAUGGCGAAAAGUAUGAUGGGAGGUUACCAGGGCGCUGAGCCUGAGGCCUCGCUCACGGCGUUCGUUCUUGUGGCAUUGCUGGAGUCCAAAGACAUUUGUAAUGACCAUGUGACGAGUCUAAAUAGUUCCAUUACGAAAGCUGGGGAAUACCUAGACAGAAAGUAUUCAUCUCUCACAAGACCUUACACGGUGGCUAUCGCAUCCUACGCCUUAGCCCUGGUGGGGAAAGUGGACAGUGAGGAAGUGCUGAUGAGCACUUCAAGAGAGAGAAAUCGCUGGGAAGACACGAACGCCCACACUUUCAGCAUUGAGGCCACCUCAUACGCUCUGCUGGCCUUGCUGCACAUGAAGAAGUAUGAAGAAGCUGGUCCCCUCGUCAGAUGGCUGGCGGAGCAGAAAUUCUACGAAGGGGGGUACGGAUCUACUCAAGCAAUCAUCAUGGUGUUCCAGGCUCUCGCGCAGUACCAGGUCGACGCCCCCCUGCGCAAAGAGCUGAAUUUGGACGUGUCUAUUCUUCUGCCUGGCCGCACUAAAUCUAUCACUUACAGGAUUGAGCACGAGAACGCGAUGGUGACCAGAUCGACGGAGACGAGGCUGAACAAAGACUUUGUUGUGAGAGCGAGAGGCAUCGGACAAGGCACCUUGACGGUGGUGACUGUGUACAACGCAAAGAUACCAGAGGAUACAUCUCAGUGCAAGAAGUUUGACCUGAAGGUGUCUGUCAGCGAAGCCGAGGGUGCUCGGAAGCCAGAGGGAGCCCUGCGUUCAGUUUACAUCAAAAUCUGCGUCAGGUACCUCGGUGAAGUUAACGCCACAAUGUCAAUCCUUGAUGUCACCAUGCUUACGGGCUUCAGACCAGACAUGGAGGAUCUGAACAGGCUUUCCAAAGGGGUUGACAGAUACAUUGCCCAGUACGAAAAUGGGAAGUCUUCUGAGGACAGAAACACCCUCAUCAUCUACCUGGACAAGGUGUCACAUUUGGAGGAGGAGUGCCUACAGUUUAAAGUACACCAGUUUUUUGAAGUCGGUCUCAUUCAGCCAGGAGCUGUCAAGGUCUAUGAAUAUUACUCGUUAGAUGACCGAUGCAUCACCUUCUACCGCCUGCCUCAGGAGAGCGGCUUGCUCAAUAGGAUCUGCCACGGGGAUAUUUGCCGGUGUGCAGAAGAAAACUGCUUCCUCCAGCACAAGACGAGCGAGUCUCUCACCCUGCACAAACGGAUUGAGAUGGCAUGCGAAUCCACUGUCGAUUAUGUGUAUAAAACCAAGCUGGUUGGAACUGGACAAUCCAACAAUUAUGACAAUUACAUGAUGGACAUUUUGCAAGUCAUUAAAACAGGGACAGAUGAAAAUCCCCUCAGAACCGUUCGCCCAUUCAUCAGCCACGUGAAAUGCAGGGACUCUCUGAAGCUGGAGCUGAACAAGGACUACUUGAUCUGGGGACACAGAAAUGACCUGUGGGCCUUGAAAACUAACGUCUCCUACCUCGUUAGCAAGGACACCUGGCUGGAGGAGUGGCCCAGCGAAGAAGACUGUCAGGAGAAGAAAUUCCAGAGCCAGUGCCAGGAUUUGGAUUUUUUCUCCCAAGCCUUGACCAUGGACGGCUGCCUCACUUAAACGCAGGCUCAGCGCCCUCAGCCAGAGGGCAUGGUCUGAGCCCACCUGGCUUGUGCGCCCUCUCCUGCCCCCGUACCAGCCUUUCCUGGAGAUAUAAAGUGCCUGACUUCUCCCA